AUGCAUCAAGAAUCAUCUGAAUUGGCCACCCAUUUCAUGUCCCGAUUGAGAAGACAAGCUGAUUUCUGUGGUUUAGGCGAUACAAGGAAUAUACAAGUGAGAGAUCAACUCAUUGAAGUUUGUUUAUCAUUGAGACUGCAACUAAAGCUUUUGGAAAGAGGUAACGAGUUGUCUUUAGAUGUUGCUCUACAAAUGGCUAGGUGUAAUGAAGCUGUUAUUCAACAAGCAAGUGAAAUGCAAGCCGAUAAUGUCAACAAAAUUAAUGUGAAAUCUGCUCAUAAUUCAAAGAUGGCCAGCCAAUCACGUGACACUGCUCACCACAGGCAACCCACCAAAACGGAAAAAGACAGAAAAUAUUGGAAAUGCAGAAACGAGGGACACAUAUCUAAAGAUGAAUGUUGCCCAGCAAAGAAAGAGAGGUGUAGGAAGUGUGGUCACAUCCGACACUUUGCUAAAGUUUGCAGGAGCAAGAGCAAGAACAAGUACCAGACAAAAGUCUUCAGUGUGGUGUAUAAUGAAAGCCUGGAUGACGAAAUCUCUGCAAUUGAGCUCUCCCCUGAAGACGAGCCGGAAGUGAAGCUUACCAUUGGAGGUCAAGAAGUUGACAUGUUUAUAGACUCUGGAGCUUCUUGCAAUGUAAUCGACCAUCACUAUGGGAGCAACUCCAAUCGAAUGGAAUCAAAUGUAGAAGCCAGUUGGAAAACAGGUCCAUACAGUCUUAUGCUACAGCGAGCAAAGUCCAGGUCGAAGCAAAGUUCUGGUCAAAGGUGGAGCUUGGAGAGAAACAUUUGUCAGAUGUUGAAUUUCUGGUGA